ACAGACAGUAUGUAUUUGGGACAAAACAAAGAAGUAAAAAGAAUAUAUGGACAUCGUCUUGAUUUGUUUGUAAACGUUUUGAACUUGUUUAUACGAGAGUGCAAGUAGCAAACAUGCUGUUAUACUUGGCAUUUAUCACAGCAACAUUAACGGUGCUUGUCCAGUGUCACGAUUGUAAAGAUUAUGACCUAUCCGCAUCUGACCAGUCUUUGGUAGAUAUGAUGAAACAUUACCUCCAUACCUCUAGAAAAGAGGAAUGCCCUCCUGGAGGAAAAUCAUCUACAUCGGGUGUGACAUAUGUACGCUGGGGAAAGAAAGGAUGCCCAAAUGGAGUAGACAUGAUCUAUACAGGACAAGUUGGUGGUAAUUAUUAUUCAAACAAAGGAGGAUGUGUCAACUAUUUAUGCUUACCAAAUGACCCAGAAAACGGAGAUGCUCUCUCAAGUGAUAAUGGCCAGUUAUAUGGUACCGAAUAUGAGACUGCAGGGUCACAUAAACCAUCAGGAAUGAAAGAUAUGCGCCAAAAGGAGGUACCAUGUGCUGUAUGCCACCAAAGAAAAAGAUCAGUUCUCCUGAUGAUACCAGCCAGAAAAACAUGCUACAAGGGCUGGACAUCCGAAUACAGUGGCUAUCUUCUGACAGAUCAUAAGACUUACAGCAGUAAGGAAUAUUUAUGUGUAGACAAAAAUGCCGAACCUCUCGACAAUAAAACUGGAAAUGAAGAUGGGGCUUUACUUUAUGGAAUCAGUGCCAAAUGUGGCAGUUUGAGGUGUCCUCCAUACAAAGAUGCAACAGAUGUUCGAUGCGUUGUUUGUACGAAAUAGUUAAUUAAAGCAAUAUUAAAGCUA